AAGCCUCCGCCUUCUUGGGCAGAAGCCUUUAAAUACGGGCUCGGGCCCGGGGCUCGGGGUGCGGCGCUUGGUAGUCCGAGGGAGGGACGCGCGGCGAGCGGACAUCAGGAGGAGCAGGGCACGCGUGCAGAAGCUGCGGUAGCGCGGCCCGGAGCGAGGAGCUGUCCGAGCCGUCGAGGUAGGAGCGGACGCUGCGCUCGGUGCUUGGAAGGGGCUAAGCCAGUUCCAAGGCUGACCUUUGUACAGCAGCAUCUAUUGGAGCAAGAAUUGCACUGUGGUGUUCACCUUUGAACUUUCUGUCAGCAAUCCAAGUUGUUCUAGUGUAUUGGAGACCUAAUACAAUCAUGUUUGAAAUUAAGAAGAUCUGUUGCAUCGGUGCGGGCUAUGUUGGAGGACCCACAUGUAGUGUCAUUGCUCAGAUGUGCCCUGAAAUCAGGGUAACGGUCGUGGAUGUCAAUGAAUCAAGAAUCAAUGCAUGGAACUCUCCUACGCUUCCUAUUUAUGAGCCAGGACUAAAGGAAGUGGUAGAAUCCUGUCGAGGAAAAAAUCUAUUUUUUUCUACCAACAUUGAUGAUGCCAUUAACGAAGCUGAUCUUGUAUUUAUUUCUGUGAACACGCCAACAAAAACCUAUGGAAUGGGGAAGGGCCGUGCAGCAGAUCUGAAGUAUAUUGAAGCUUGUGCUAGACGCAUUGUGCAAAACUCACAUGGGUACAAAAUUGUGACUGAGAAAAGCACAGUUCCCGUGCGGGCAGCAGAAAGUAUUCGUCGAAUAUUUGAUGCGAACACAAAACCCAACUUGAAUUUACAGGUACUGUCUAACCCUGAGUUCUUGGCAGAAGGAACGGCCAUCAAGGACCUAAAGAACCCAGACAGAGUACUGAUUGGAGGGGAUGAAACCCCAGAGGGCCAGAGAGCUGUGCAGGCACUGUGUGCUGUAUAUGAGCACUGGGUUCCUAGAGAAAAGAUCCUCACCACUAAUACUUGGUCUUCAGAACUUUCCAAACUGGCAGCAAAUGCUUUUCUUGCCCAGCGGAUUAGCAGCAUUAACUCCAUCAGUGCCCUCUGUGAAGCAACAGGAGCUGACGUAGAAGAGGUGGCAACGGCCAUCGGAAUGGACCAGAGAAUUGGAAAUAAGUUUCUGAAAGCCAGUGUUGGUUUUGGUGGGAGCUGCUUUCAAAAAGAUGUUCUGAAUUUGGUUUAUCUCUGUGAGGCUCUGAAUUUGCCUGAAGUAGCUCGUUACUGGCAGCAGGUUAUAGACAUGAAUGACUACCAGAGAAGGAGGUUUGCUUCCCGGAUUAUAGACAGUCUGUUUAAUACAGUGACUGAUAAGAAGAUCGCUAUUUUGGGGUUUGCAUUCAAAAAGGACACCGGUGAUACGAGAGAAUCUUCUAGUAUCUAUAUUAGUAAAUAUUUGAUGGAUGAAGGUGCACACCUCCAUAUAUAUGACCCAAAAGUACCGAGGGAACAAAUAGUUGUGGAUCUUUCUCAUCCAGGAGUUUCAGAAGAUGACCAAGUGUCCCGACUUGUGACCAUUUCCAAGGAUCCGUAUGAAGCAUGUGAUGGUGCCCAUGCUGUUGUCAUUUGCACUGAGUGGGACAUGUUUAAGGAAUUGGACUAUGAACGCAUUCAUAAAAAAAUGCUGAAGCCAGCCUUUAUCUUUGAUGGACGACGUGUCCUGGAUGGGCUCCACAAUGAACUACAAACCAUUGGCUUCCAGAUUGAAACAAUUGGCAAAAAGGUGUCUUCCAAGAGAAUUCCAUAUGCUCCUUCUGGUGAGAUUCCAAAGUUCAGUCUUCAGGAUCCACCUAAUAAGAAACCCAAAGUGUAGACAUUGCCAUUUUUAUUUGUAAUUUUUUUGGUACUUCAGAAUAGCAAAUAUCUAUCUCAUAUUGAAUGGUAAAUGAACCAAGUGUUUUUAAGGAAACAAAACUAUUUUUUUAAUAAUCAAAUUUAUACUAGCUAUGUGGGAAUUAGCAUAUCUGUUAAUUAUGAAUCUAGAAUAUUUUUUACAUAUUUUUAUAAUAUUGUUACCUCAGUGAUUGGAUGAGUGGCAAAUAAUCAUGUUGGUUUUAAUGGUGUCAAUUUUUGUAAGAUAAAAAUUAAAGUUCAAACACUUUUUACUUUACAAAAUAUCCAUAAGCAGCACUUUAAUAUUACAUUGUAAAUGCAAAGGUACUCUUCGGUUUUUCUGAUCAUCAGUUUAUUUACUUGUCAUUGGAUAUGUAUUUUAAACCAUGAAAUUGCUAUGCUAAAUACUGCGCUAAAGGUGUUAACCUUUUAGAAAGUGUUAUGGAGACUUAGAGGUUUCUGGAUUUAUGGGUAAGAUGUUUUCCAAGCCAUUUCUUGUCUUUCUGAACUUAGAAGGAGGAUGCAGUGGACAGAAUAAGGCCUUGAGUGCUUUUUUUCUUUCUUUCUUUGUAUAUGCUCAGAACAUUUUUCCUGUGCUUCCAUAACCCUCCAAGUACGGUUUGGUUAAUGUUGCAUUGCUCCUCUUGUUUUAAUAAACUGUGUUGUUGGUUUUUUAGUCCCAAAAGAUCAUCAUUACUCAUUUCCAGUCAAUCCGAAUGAGAUUAAAAGGCAAUUUUUUUAACAUGAAGAGAAAAAUCAGUAGUAUGGUCUAUUUUAUUCCUCUACACUGCUCAUUUUUCCUCAUUGAUCGUUAUUUUUUUAGUCCAAGAGCCAAAAAUAUUUGUUACCUUGACUUUGCAUUUUUAUUUUACUCAUUGCAAUUUUUUCCCUUUUUCUUUAAAUAAGAAAACCAAUAGAAUCUCAUGUAUGAAUUUAAAGACGUUGACUUUACAAAUUAUGGAUAGCAUAAUUUCUAAAAUAAGAAUUUUUGUGUAUUUCCAUCUGCUUUUUUCUUGUCUCUUGUUGACUUCUAUUUGAUUGUUUUCUCUUGUGUUUUAUCAUUAUUGACAUAUGGCAGAUGUCCAUUUGCUGCUUAUGCUCUGCUGGGAGGGUACAAACUGAGUGACACAGAUACAGGCCUCAUUCUUGAGGAAUUUUGCAGUUCAAUAAGAAUACACAGACAAAUACAAAGAUGACACAGAGACGUUGUCUGUACAGAUACAAGUACAUAAAUAAAAUAUUCUGCAUCAA